AUCCUCACACUCUCGUCCCCACGUACUUGGAGGGUUCUGGUUCUCCCUCCAUUUCUGUGCCUCCAAGAUAUUCCUUGGUCUCUUGUCUGAGCUCCUGCAGUUGCUUCAGCCUUCAGACAUGUCUGCCCAAGGCCUUGGCUACUGGCUUCAGUGGCAAGUGGGACUUUGUGCUGUGAUCAUUGCAGGUCCUUCAAUUCUAGCUCUCAAAUAUGUCAGGAAUUCAAAGCAAGAACCUCUGAAUUCUGUUGACUUGUGGAGUACAUGUUGGAAAUCAGUGGAUCCUAUUUGGCUUCUGUUCUACAGGGCCUUCGCUUUCCUUUGCAUGGCCAAAAUGCUCUACGAUUUUUUGGCCUUAUUCCCAGUUUUCACACUCGUUUUCUACACCCAGUGGACUUUUAUACUGGUCACUCUUUAUUUUGGGCUGGGGACAAUUAUAUCUGCUCAUGGAUGUUUUGUUGCAAGGAAUGAAUUGAAGGGGAAACCCAAGUCAAAAAGCCAACAAAAAGCAGGGUUCUUUGGAAAUGUAAUGCAGAUUAUGUAUCUGACAAGUGCAGGUGCUUCUAUGCUAACAGAUAUAGUGUUCUGGUGUCUCAUAGUUCCAUUUCUAACUAGCAUGGAAUUUGAAAUGACCCUGUUGAUAGGAGCUAUGCAUGCUGUAAAUGCCGGUUUCCUUAUUGUGGAUACUGCUCUCAAUAGACUUCCAUUUUCAUCGUUAGGGUUUGCAUAUUUUGUGCUCUUUAGCUGCCUCUACAUCACUUUCCAAUGGACCAUUCACGCCCUUGGUGUUGACUGGUGGCCAUAUCCUUUCCUCGAGCUAAAUACACCUUGGGCGCCUGUAUGUUAUUUCGGGUUGGCAUUGGUUCAUAUUCCAUGUUAUUGGAUAUAUACAUUGGUCGUGAAGGCAAAAUGUUCAAUUUUUACCAGAUUGUUUCCCCGUGCAUUUGUAAGGUUGCAUUCAUGAGCUCAGAUUUGACAUACUAAGUGGCUGCAGACAAAAUUCUAGAGUUCUAGUGACAGUCAGAGCUCAAUUUUCAUGCUCAGUUUUUGUAUGUACAAUAAUUAUCGAACUCUCCCCCUGAUUUUUC